GGCCCCGUAGUAGGCGGGCACCCCACCCCCACCCCGUCACACUUCUUCGCCCUCCCAGCCCAGUUUACCUAAGACGUGGUCGCUGCUUUCGGUUCUGAGCCGUUCAAGGCAAGGAGAGGCUGAGGGGGGAGAGGAGGACUUCCAGGGCUCCCAACUCGCAUCACAAGGAAGAGCUUUCUGAGGUGUUCGGUGGGGGCUCCUUCCCCCGGAGCAGAGCUUGGAUGGCCGCGUCUGCUGAGAUUUCCGGGUUGGGCUAGAAGAUGAACCUUGGGGGGCCCCCCUCCCUCCCUCCCGCUCUACAGUUCUAUGAUUCACGCGCCCAAACCAAGCAGAAUGGAGCCUCGCUGUGCAGCACAAUGACUGCCAUGUCCCUUUACCUGCCAUAUGAUGUGUGGGGCAGGUGGCCGUGGGUUCGUUCCACUGUAUCCCCACAACCUGAAUCUAGUCCCCUCUGCGCUGGUUGCUUGGUGCACUUGAGGGUAAUGCACCCUUUCCUUGCAAAUGGAGGUGCAGGAUGCUGGACUAAGAUGGGCCUUUGACCCCGAUCCAGCGGGGCUCUUCCUUGGUUCUUAUCUGUGCUUAGCUUGAAACUAGCUGGUGCCUAGACCAGUGGUUCCCAACUUUUUUUUGGCCAUGCCCCACCUAAGCAUCUCUAAAAUACUGAUGCCACUGCUCCUGUGACAUAUAAUUCUUAUUAUUCAAAAGGUGAACUCCUAAUCACGUGGAAGGAAGCCUAAAAGGCCAUUAACUUGGUCUAAACAAGCUUCCAAAUUGCCCCCCCCCCCGGAUACCAUGGGCCUCGAGUUAAACAAUGAAAAAUAGCAAGGAACCAUAUUUUGUGAAGUUUAUAAAGUCUGCAGAAAACUCAGAAUUUUUCCUUCAGGCCCUUGAGUCCAUCAAAGAAUUUCAGUCUGAAGAAUCUCUCCAGAUUCUUGAAAAUACAGCUGCACUGAGGAUACAAGAGAAUGACAAAUCCCUUUAUAUUUGUGAUCAGUUCAGUGGCAUUGUUUUUAAUCACCUUCAAAAGCUUGGUUGCAGAAUUGUUGGACCACAAGUAGUUGUCUACUGUAUGCAGAACCAGCGAUGUGUGCCAAGGGCCGACCAUCCAGUAUUUAAUAUGACAAUGGCUGAUGUAACUAUAUCCUGUACAAGCCUUCAAAAAGAAACUAGGGAAGAGGUCCACAAGUAUGUGCAGAUGAUGGGCGGCCGUGUAUAUAGAGAUCUUAAUGUGUCAGUAACACAUCUUAUAGCGGGAGAAGUCGGAAGCAAGAAAUAUUUAGUUGCUGCUAACUUAAAAAAACCCAUUUUGCUUCCCUCUUGGGUAAAAGCAUUGUGGGAUAAAUCCCAACAUAGGAUGUUUAGAUAUACAGACCUCAAUAUGGGAGACUACCUAUGCCCUUUGUUUCUUGGUUGUACAAUCUGUGUGACUGGUUUAAGCAGUGCAGACCGAAAAGCAGUCCAGCGUAUCACUAUCGAGAAUGGUGGUCAGUAUACAGGGCAACUUAAGAUGAAUGAAUGUACCCAUCUUAUUGUUCAAGAACCAAAAGGGCAGAAAUAUGAAUGCGCAAGAAGGUGGAAUGUCCACUGCAUUUCAGCCCAGUGGUUUUUUGACAGCAUUGAGAAGGGAUUUUGCCAGGAUGAAUCCAUGUAUACAGUCGACCUUAAAGCAAAGCAAGAAACUGCACCAAGCACAUCAACUCCUACUAGCCUAACUAGCAAGCCCGAUAGUCGAACACUCUCAGAUGUCAGCCACAUUUCAAAUAUUAAUUUAAGCGGUGUUAAUGAAACCUCUUGUAAUUCUACUAUGAAUAGCAGGCUGGAUCCCUCUUCAGAUGACCUGAACAGCUUGGAUACAAGUUCUUUGCAAGCACCUGAAGAUUUGCUAGAUGGAUGCAGAAUUUACCUUUGUGGCUUUAGUGGCAGAAAAUUAGAUAAGAUGAGAAAGCUUAUUAACUCUGGAGGUGGUGUUCGUUUUAAUCAACUCAAUGAAGAUGUGACACAUGUCAUUGUGGGCGACUAUGAUGAUGAUGAACUUAAACUGUUUUUGAAGAAGACCACACAGAGGCCAUAUAUUGUGACAGCAAAAUGGUUGUUGGAAUGCUUUAGAAAAGGUUAUUUACUACCUAAGGAUCAGUACACUUCGGAAAACUAUCAGCCACUUAACAGUCCAGUUUUAGAGCAGCCUAUCUUUCCUAAAAGAAGCAGUCUUUCAAAGAAAGAAGUUGUGAAAACAGUGCUGGCUCCGGAAGCGGAUGAAGCUCUUCUGUCUCAGUAUUCAGCUAAUGAGUCCACAGUAGUUGAUGCCAAUAAUUACAGUGAUAUUGAUCACACUGCCUUUCAAGAAGAAAAAGAGUUCAGUGCCAGCCAUAAUUCCUUGGCAGAAACUUCUACAGUCGUUGAAGGAGCCUUGUUCAACAGAAAGAGGUUCAUCCUUCUGGGUUUUGGUAAAGAGGAUGAAUCCUGCAUGAGGCCUCUGAUUGAAGAGAAUGGUGGGAAGGUUCUGUCUCAACAAAGUAAAGCUAUUGCUGACUAUGCUGUGGUUCCUCUACUUGGCUACAAGGUGGAAGCAACUGUAGGAGAUGUGGUUACAAAUACAUGGCUGGUGACGUGUUUGGAACAGCAGUCCCUAUUAGAUCCCCAAUCAAGUCCACUUUUCACACCCGUGCCAGUGAAGGAAGGAAACACUCCGUUACAACAAUGUGUAUUGUCUUUCAGUCAGUUUAAUGGGGCAGAAAGAGAUUCUUUAAUAUAUUUGGCACAUUUGCUUGGGGCAAGAGUGCAAGAAUUCUUUGUGAGAAAAGCCAACCCAAGGAAAGGAAUGCUUGUCAGCACCCACCUGGUGGUGAAAGAGCCGGAAGGUUCAAAGUAUGAAGCUGCCAAGAAGUGGAACCUUCCUGCUGUUACUAUGGCUUGGCUGCUGGAGUCUGCAAGGACAGGAAAGAAGGCUGAUGACAGCAAGUUCCUUAUUGACAAUGUAGACACUGAAGAGUGUUUCACAAAUCAUCCAGCUGAGGCAGGGACGGAUUCGGCAUCUCCAAAUACAUGUGACCAUCCCAGCAGCCUCCUUGAAAUUGGAAGAAGAACAGCUGUGACACCUCUGGAUAUGAAUCGGUUCCAGAGUAAAGCUUUCCAGAGGGUUGUAUCAUCACAUCAUAUUGAUAACAAGCCAAGCCCUUCACAAGCGGGGAAACCAGUACAGAAGGAACCAUCCCUGCAUCUUGACACACCAUCUAAAUUUUUAUCUAAAGACAAGCUGUUCAAACCUUCUUUUGAUGUAAAGGAUGCACUAGCAGCUUUGGAAACUCCAGGGAGCUCUAAUCCACAAAAAAGAAAACUGAGUACUCCUCUUUCAGAAGUCAUUGGCAGGAACUUAAAAGUGGCUUUAGCAAACAGCACUCGGCAAGCAGCUGCUCUCACUGCAAGCCCUCGGUUGAAAGUUGCAACUCAACAAGUGGAAGAGGAGCCAAAGCCUCUAGCUGAUGUUGUCAUAUGUGUGAGUAAGAAGCUCAGUAAAAAGCAGAGCGAGCUGAAUGCCAUUGCUGCUUCCCUUGGAGCAGAUUACAGGUGGUGCUUUGAUGAAACUGUAACUCAUUUCAUCUACCAGGGAAGGCAAAAUGAUAGUAACCGGGAAUACAAAUCUGCUAAAGAAAGGGGCAUACAUGUAGUGUCGGAACACUGGCUUUUGGAGAGUGCACAAGAAUAUAAACGGCUGCCUGAAUCUCUCUAUCCUUACACAUAUAACCCUAAAAUGAGUUUGAAUAUUAGUGGUAUUCAAGAUGACAGAUUCUCAGAUCGGCUAGAUUCGGCUGAAAAAACAGGGAAGGAAGACGAGAAAAUGGCGUUGGAUACUAAUGAUAGAGAAGAUGUUACUAUGGAUCAAGUGACUGAGGCAGUUUCUGUGGAAAAAGAGAAUGCAUCAAAAGGAGUUUUAACACAGACACUGGAAAUGAGGGAGAACUUUCAAAGGCAGCUACAGGAAAUCAUGACUGCAACAUCACUAGCAAAGUUUCAAGGACAAAGAAAAUCUUUGUCUAGGAACGGCUUUGACAAUUCUCCAACAACUCCAGAUGGCCCUCGUUCUGUCCGUAACGGCCGUAGCCGAGUCUUGGAAGCCCUAAGGCAGUCACACCAGGUAGCAAUGGAUGUCAACACAGAACCAUCACAGAGUGAACAGAUUAUUUGGGAUGACCCCACUGCAAGAGAAGAGAGGGCAAGGCUUGCUAGUAACCUUCAGUGGCCCAGCAGCCCCUCACAGUGUUCUGAACAAAUUCAACCUCUUGCAGUAAAUGCUGGAGACCUCUCGCUUACAAAAUCCUUUACUGAUACGGAAAUUGCUGAAAUGGAAGUUGAUGAACCUGCAAAAACAGAUUGGGUUGAGGUCCCAAAGCUUCCAGGCUGUAGAAAUCCAGAAAUCCCUGUGAAAGAAGAUAAUCUGAUCCCAACUCCGCUGGCUCCUGCCAUUGCCUUUCCUUUGGCAAAUCCUCCUGUGGCUCCUCAGCCAAAAACAAAUGUCAUUAGAGUAGACCAAAUGACUGCUGAAGAACCAAAAAAAGAGUACAGAUUCCAGCUGUCUUCUGUUCGCCCUCAGGCACGGAUUGAUUAUUACCAUAUGAUUGAAGAGCUGGGUGGAGUGGUGCUUGAGAAGCAGUGCUUUGACCCUAGGUGUACCCACACAAUAGUGGGGCACCCUAUUGGCAACGAGAAAUUCUUGGCAUCAAUGGCAGCUGGAAAGUGGGUACUUCAUUGCUCCUACCUGGAUGCAUGCAGAACAGUACAAUGCUUUCUACCGGAGGAAGAUUUUGAAUGGGGAAAUAAUUCCAUACUCAAUGCUGCAUCUGAAAUAACUGAAUCCCAGAAGAAUUUAGCAGUUGCAGCAAUGAGGUGGAGGAAAAUAAUACAAAGACGGCGAGAGGAAGCUGGCAUUACUGAGGGGGCAUUUCGUGGUUGGAAGGUUAUUUUGAAUGUUGACCCAGCCAAGGAAGCAGGCUUCAAACGUCUUCUAGAGUCAGGCGGAGCAAAGGUGCUGCCUGCUCAUUCUGAUUCUGUGUUUAGUGAAGCCACCCAUCUUUUUGCUGAUUUUAACAAGCUGAAGCCAGUGGAUUUAAGAGUUAAUUUAGGAGAGGCUUCUGCUCAUGGAGUGAACUGCCUGAAGCCAGAAUACAUUGCUGACUAUCUUAUACAGGAGCAACCACCUCAAAUGGAAGGUUAUCGUUUGCCAUUAUGAAGAUAGGCAACAGCUUCUGGCAGAGAACAUGAAACCGGGUUAUCUUAGAAGCAGAUACCUCCUGAAGAAACACGCCCGAUAAAGCAAAUCUCAGUAUGUUGAUACCUUAAAAAUAUUUUUUCAAAUUUCUAUUUAUACUUGUUUUCUUUACACAUAAAAAGGUCAUUAAAUGUUUUUGUAAUAUUUUGUGUAUAUUGCUUUUAAAAUGAAAUUUGGUUGCUCAGAAACUAGACUCCACUGAUUUUUGCUGCCGAGGUAAACGGGGUUGUUUGAAUAUUUUAAACGUAUUCUUUUGUUUUCUUAGUAGAUUUAUGUCCCUUUGUGUGGAGCCCAGUCAUGCUUCCUCAUAGCAUAUAUUCAUCCCUUUUCGGCUGCUUUUACAUUUACUUCUAGAAUAAAGGAUGUUGGUCUUACUGUGAAGGUUAGUUCUGCUCAGCUGGAGGUCAGUGAUGGAGGAUUCCUCCAUUUCUGGAGGCUGAACUUUCAGAACCUUCCACCUGUAGGAGCUCCCUCAGUUCUGGAAUGUACAGCAUUCCUAAUAAGCCAGGCAGUAUGCUUAAUAAGAAGCAUAGGAGGGCAUUUACUCUCAGUGCAGAACUUCUCUUUACCCCUGCCCUAUUCAGUCAUUAUUUGCAUUUUGAGGCAACAACCCUGCCCUCAUACAUAGUAAUAAUAAUAAUUAUUUUAUUUAUACCCCAGCCACUCUGGGCGGCUUACAGCAUAUAUAAAAAAGUAUAAAACAUCAGACAUUAAACAUUUCCUGAUUCUUGUGUUGUUCUGGCUUCUCAUGGGCUAAGGGCAAUAAUUGACAGCAGCAAAACUGCUGUACUUUUUUUUUUGAAUGAUAUUUAUUCAUUUUUUCCCAUUGCCAAACCUGAACAUUGUUCUUCAUGCUUGUAUACAUAUACAUACAUAUACAUAUACAUUUAUGUUUGUUUGUUUGCUACAAUUUUUCGUAUCGUAUUUCUAAUCCUCCUUUCCCAGAGAAAAAAAGGGAAAGGAGGGGAAAAAAAGAAGAAAGAAAGAAAAAAAGAAAAGAAAGUAAAUUUUAUCUUUGGACUUCCUGUUAUCUCCAUCAGCAUACUCUCCUCUUUUUGUCGCAGAGUGUAUAUUCAAUCCAUGCUAUCUCUGUUUUUACAUAUCGUUUGACACUCCUAUAUCUUAAGGAAACUGAUUUCUGCAAAUCCAAACAGAUUUUUUCCCUUUUUUACUCAAAUGCUAUCAUAGAAAUUUUGUUCUCAGUAUAUUUUCUAACAUAUUUCUUGUACCUGUCCCAUUUUUUAAGAAAUUCUUCUUUAACCUUUCCUCUCAAACUGUUUGUUAACUGUGCCAUUUCGGCAAACUCUUGAAGUUUAUUUUGCCAAUCUAUAAUUUUUGGAGCUUCUUUUUCUUUCCAUCCUUUGGCAAUAACAAUACGAGCCGCUGCUAAUGAAUAUAGAAGGAGUUCUUUUGCUUGUAUGGGAAUAUCUUUUUGAAAGGUGAUACUUAGUAGAAAGAUCUCUGGUCUUUUUGGGAUAUUCCUACCUAUAAUUUUUUGGAUCUCAUCAUGAAUUUUAUCCCAAAAUUUCCUGAUAUUCUCACAGGUCCACCACAUAUGAAACAGGUUCCCAUCGUUUCCCCCACACCUCCAGCAGACAUUUGUGAUGUUCUUAUACAUUUUAGAAAGUCUGGAAGGUGUGAGGUACCACCUGUGGUUCAUCUUUAGCAUGUUUUCUCUUAUAUUGUAGCUCGAGGUAAAUUUCAUAUUUAUUUUCCACAAAUUUUCCCACUCCGAGCAUGUAAUCGGAUAACCACAGUCCUGUGCCCAUUUGGUCAUAGAAGCGGUGACCGUUUCAUCCAUUACUUCAUAAUCCAAUAACAAUUUAUACAUUUUGUAAAUAGCAAAACUGCUGUACUUUAGGCGGCCCAUGUAGGUAUCUCAUUGCUAAUUGCAGUAAACAGAUGGGAAGCCAGGAGCCAUUUGAAAAUGAGAGUGUGCCCUGGAAACUGCUUGCUACUUGCAGAGUAAUGAUUGAAAAAGACUCAGCUAGUGCAACCUGACACAAGUUUUGAGGGGAGAAAAUAGUGUAUUGUAUCCCACUUUCCAAAUGUUGCUGGGUAGAAUGCUUCUGUUCAGGAUUUCAUCUGCUCCAUUCCACCACCACCCCUUCCUUUUUUGUGUUCGAACAUCUUGGGUUUAUUGGUAGUGAAAUCAGCUUUCCCCCCUUAAUAUAUUGAUUUUCCAUUGAUUUCUUUUGCCAUCACUCGCUUCUGUCACCAGGGACAUUUCCCCCCCCCCAGUCCCUUUUUUGCUGUUCUGCUGGAGGAAAUGACCUGUUCAUACUUUGAGGUUCUUUCUACAAAUUUUAAGAUCUGUAAGCCACUCUCCCUCCUUCCUAUGCAACCAUCCAUUCUGCCAAGCAGCUCCUCUCAACAUUCCAUGCCAUUUAUCCUAAUUGGAGUGUUGUUGGAGAGACUCCCCCCACCCCAUAGACUAGCUAGCCACUGUGAGAACAAGAUGCUGCGUUAGAUGGAUCUUUGGCCUGAUCAACAGGGCUCUUAUGUUCUUAAAGGAAAAUAGUGCCUCAUUGUUCAGAAGUCAGUAUGUAGUUAGUAUGACCAGGUGGUUUUAAGACAAUGUUAACACUGGACAGUUCCUUAUUUUAAACCAGAGAUGGGGGACCUGUGUUGUUGGGAUUCUUUCUCAUGAACACUAGAAUGAUCAACCAGCAAGGGGUGGUAGAGGAGUGUGCUCCAGAAACAUAUAGAGGGCCACAUGUUCCCCCAUCCUGGCUUUAAACAUACACUUAAAAACAGUAGAUCAUACAAGAGGGAUAACAAACAGUGUGAACAUAAGUUUAUUUCAUUCAGGGAGUUUACAAAAAAAAUGAUAAUUGAUCUUAAGUAAUUUCCAUGCAAAACCCAAAAACCUUGUUAAUACAAUUAGAGCUGCACAGUUAAUCACAUAAAACCAGAAAGGGGAUGCAUAAAGAUUGAAAACUCAACCAUGCCUUCUUGCAAAGUCCAUUGUUACAUGAUCCAUACAUUUAAAUAAUGUUUUGUAGAGAAGCCUUCUAUAGUAGUAGCAAAAUACUGUAAUGAAAAAGUUUAAUAAGGUGACAGAAUCAGCCAUCAGAUGUUGGCUGAUUAGUUACAUGUUGUGCACUUCUAUAGCACCUUCCAUCAGGAAAACUCAAAAGCAUUUUACAAUGAAGUCAGCCUCACAACACCCCUGUGAGGUAGGGAAGCAUUAUCUUUACAGCCUAGUAAACAGAGGCACAGCAAGACUUCCACCCACUCCUAUGCCAUACUUGCAGCAGACUAUGCUUUCAUCCUUGCAAUGGUUUGGGAUCAGAUUCUUUUCAUUGAAGUUCAUGGACUUGCCUUUGGCAAGUAUGUUAACGUUUUAAAUCUAAGUGACUGGUACUAUAUACCAGCAACGUUUAUGGUAAUUCAUAUUCUAAUAGAAAUGUCAAACUUUUUUUUAGUUCUUAGUUACUUUUAUAUAUAUUUAGAAGUAACUAAUCUUUCAUUUUAGUAACCCCCAUUUACCUAAUCGCAGCUUGAAGGCUCUGGAGGUUCAUAUUUGCGGAGAUAAUACAUCGUCCUAAAGUAUUUUUUCCUAUUGUUACUUUCCUCUGAGAACUAUUCUACAGAUUUGGCAGAAUAGAAGUCACAGAAUUCUAAAGUUCAUAUUACAGGUAGGGUGUACUUUUCAAAUACUCUCCUCUAUAUGAAGCUUCAUAUAGGGCCUGGCAACACCCUAUAUAUUUUUGUUUUCUACUUAUGGGGAAUUUGUGGAGGAUCAUUAAAAAUACAAACCACCCACCCUUGCACAUAGAGCUGGUAUGAUCAGAAUUCUGUUUGUUAAAAUUAAAAGCUAGAUCCAAUUGGGAAGCCUUAUAUUUAUUCUUCAGAAUUUUCUGAAUCCUCAAUGAGCAAUUCAAGUAUUUUCCUGCACUUCCUUUUUAGUAUCUGUGUUGUUUCAGACACAGUUUUAUAGCUGCAUCAGUGCUUUGGGACAAGAUUACCUCAAGGAUGAAGUGAAUCAAUUCCUGGGCACUUUUAUGUAGGUAUUAUGUAAAAUAAGGAUAUUGCUUCCCAGAAUAGAAUUAUUUUAAAUUUUGCACCUUUUAGUCUUGCUCCCCAGGAAAGUUUCAUUUAAUGCUUACUAUCAACUUUCAUUACAUGGGCUCUUUUGAGCUAGUAAAACUAUACAAAGAAGCCUACUCAAUAUGGCAUAUAUUUUUGCACUUGGAUUUUUGCCUACCUUGCUUUAAAAACAGCUUCAUGAAAACUAUCAGUUCUGACUCUCUAGUUAUCUAGGCCUAGGCACAGUUUAUCCAAAAUAAUGCAAUUUUGUUUCACUCUUCUAACAUUACUUGCAGCAGUCCACACUUUCAGCUAUAACAUGGAUUAUCAGGGAUACAGCAGUCUAAGGCCUCAUCACUAAACACUUCCACAUACAGGUCCCACUGAAGUCAAGUAUUAAGAGUAUAUAGAAGACACUGUCUAUGCAGACAUGGCUUUAACAGUACAGCCUGACAGGUGGUGGUGGGAAGCUCAGGAAUGACCCUGCUCACCUGAUGCUAACAUACUGGAUCUCAUAUCUGAAUGGGAGUCUAUGCAUGUAGAACCCAAUACCUCCAAGUCCUUGGAGUAAAAAUUGUGCUGUGUGGGCCUAUGCAGGUUGGGCAAUAUGCACAGUCUCCUAUUCAAAUGAGACUCCUAAUAUAUAGGUAUCAAGCAGAUGCACCAGCAGUGUAAGGGCACUCAUGACCCCCUAAAGUUUGUGAGCGCUGCUGUUAGAGCCACAUCUGCAUAAAGCUUGCAUUGCAACCACACCAUUAUAGCAUUUGUACAGAAGCCUCUGAAAGUGAUGCAAAGGCUCUCAGGCACUCCUAAUGCUUCCAUGGAAUGAACACCCACUCCAUAGGAUCUAUUUACCAUGCAUCACAGAUGCAUUAAAAAUGAUCCAACCAUGUUUGGAAUAAAAAGCUCUACCAUCAACACAUAUUUCUUGUUAUGCUAUCAAAAGUCCAGAUUAAAACCCUAUUUUAUUUAAGCCUGGCUUAUUUGAUCCUCACAUUCCUUCCUUUGCAUGAAGUUGGCUUUCAAGUGCUUUACUGAAUAGGUUACAACUAUUACACCUGCUUUGAACAAGAUGUCAUGAACAUUAUAAAGUGUCAAUAAUGCAGUAAUACAACUAAAGAUUUUUAUGACCAAUUACAAAUAUGGUGCAUGUUCUGCCAAAAGUCAGUCUUACGUCCAUUCACAGAAUAGCUACCGGAAUGGAUUGCACGAGACCAGGUUUGAUUUCAGGGAUAGAAAUUUUCCUAUUGGGGCGUUUCUGAAAUUUAGUGUGUGGCUGCUAGAAACAAAAAGCAGGGCCAGAUUCUUCAUGCUAAUAAGUAAAACUUCACCAUGAAAGUUUACCAAUAACGAACUGGCAACAGAUGUGUAGAAAGAACCAUUACGCACUUCCAAUCUCGAUAUGCCUAAAUUAAUCUUCCUUUCGUUUUAGCCUAUGGAUCAUAAACUGUAAAGCAAUUCUAUAACAGGAUGUAUCCCAUCAUAUAGGUAAAAUAGGCAUACAUAAGGAUCCAGCAACUUCACACAGCAUCCAAGGUUAGUCACAGACUGCCUCUACAUAUCGACCUACCAAGGAAGUAGGAUUACACUUAGUCCUAAAAGUGAUUCAGCAGUAUGAAAAGAACUAUAUGUCAUGUUUCUUUGAGCUGUAUCUUGGGUUUUGGAAAACAUUUGUGACUUGAAAGAGACAAUUUAGGGGCCUAGUGCUUCAAUGGCCUGAUUUACAAGUCAUGUUUAAACCAUAGUUAAAACUGGUUUAUUGUGAAUAUGCUUUCUUUCCCCUCACAUCUGCUGCUGCCAGGAAACAAGCCAAGACCUUUGACUUUUCAAGAUGCUUGAACCAAUGAUUACGGUUAGUUUCCCCAGAAAUGCACUCUAAGCAGUAAGUUAGGAAUCUUGGUUACUGCUCAUUGUUUGCAGAGAAAUGGAUAAGAACCCUAGGUGGUGACAUCACAACAAACCAGACUGUGGCUUUCCCAGCAGCAGGAGUGGAGCUUUUCAUAAUUUCAGUAUUGUGCACCAGUGUGCUGUACACUCACAUUAAACCAGGGUUUGGUUUUAACAGUAGUUGAAUGUGAGAUGUGUACUGGGCCAAUGGAAUCAAGUUCUUCCAUGUGAAAUAUUUCUCUUUGAGGCUUCAGACUCUUAAGGAAUGGGCAGCCAACAUGGUACCUCAAAAUGCUGCUCCAGCUCCCAUCAGUCCAAGCCAACAUGUCCAAUGGCCACCCCUGAUCUAGGACUUCAGAAGGCUAUCCAACUGGGAUUAGUGCUUGUAAUCAGGGGUCCUGAUUACAAACCCCAGCACUUCUAGUUCCUCACCAUAGCAAGAAAUCAGCUUACUUGCUACUUCCCAUUAGUUUGCGGCUUUUGUUAAUAGAAGUAUAUGGGUGAGGUAGACAGUAACCAGACAAAACUAAAUGAAGAUCACUCUUCAUUAGCAGCUGCUGCUUUGAAGUCCCAAUUCUGUGCACAUCUACUCAGAAGUAAAUCACGCGAGUUCAAUGGAACUUACUCCCAUAUAAUGUAUAUAAAAUUGCAGCCUCGAGUUUCAACUUCAUGAUCAUUUAUCAGCUUUGCCAUGCUCAGUUUAAAUGACAUAGCAUAACUAAAUGUACAGAUUCAUUAGACUCCAGAAGCCAUGUACAUUGCCAUGUAUUAUAUUUAUUAAUGUUACAAUGUUAUCUUGCUUUGUCGACCAUGCCCAAGAACUCAAGUGAAGUUACAAAGGAAAACUUCAUCCUACUCUAACAUACAGUAUAUUAAAACUUGAUUCAUGUGUAGUAACAACCUUCAUAAAAUGCCAAAGUUGUGAUUUUAAGUUUUUGCUAUGUCAUUAAGUGACAUAGACAUACACAUAAUCUUUAGCUUUAAUACCCUGCAUAUGUUUUGUUGGCGAAGAAAUACACUUUGAGGAAGAUACACAACUCAAUGGUGUCAGCUGUAGAUUUACUUCAGUGAUAUGGACAUCUAGUGGCCUAGCUUUACAUCUAUACAAAAGGCAACUAUUUAGUAGCGUUUUCUUUCAGUUAUGCCAAGCGAUUCUUUGAGCACAAAGCCAAUGCAAUUCUAGGCAGAGGGGGAAAGUUUGUUACCCAGAAUAUUAAUCAUUUCACAUCAUAGCCAGUCGUCAAUUGCAAAGUCACCCCAUGUUUAUAACUAAAGCUGUUUCCUAUGAAUGUAUUUUACCUACCCAAGCUCACAAAGCUGUAUGCUCUGAGAUAUCUGAAUUCCUGCUCAAGAGUCAAGAAAGCAACAGGACUCUUGGAAAGACACAGUAGCAGCAGCAGCAGCCACAUCAAGAUUUAGUUGAGAAGAAAAUUUAGGGAGGAUUACCUUCUGUACCCCAGGAAUCUCUUUGGGAGUUGGUUUGAAUUCUAUUCACGAUCAGUGUCAUACUGUACAGUAAAGCACAAAUCUUAGCAUAUAAGUAUUAUUGUACUAGUAUCUCUCCAAAUGUCACACAGCUGGUCAGAAGACUGAUCUUUGACUGAAGUCACUAAAUCUUUGGGCAACAGACAAAAAACUGUCAUAAGUGCAACACAUUUCCAGAAUAUUUCCAUGUUUCAACCAGUAAGAAACCACAACAAAUGACAUUUUUCACUACAUAUAAUUACUUCCAUCCUGCAAAUACAAUAGUGUGUGCGACCAACAGCUGAUACUUGCCAUAAUACAUUGUUAAGGUUAAGUAUACGGCUUGAAUUUUUCAAAAAUGAGCUCCACAGACUAGAGGCGCAUAGACAUUUGUUGGCCAUUGAAUGCAAAUCUACAGAAAUCCUAGUCACUUGAAAAUAAAGAAAAAAUAAUGUAUGGAUAGUCUGCAUAAUCCAUACUGCUACUUGACUUUGCUGCAAUU